AUGCGGCCCCCCCGCCGCCUCCUCUUCAUAGCCUCAAUAGGCAAUCCAGCCCCAUACCACAACACCCGACACAGUGCCGGCCACCUCCUCCUAGACGCCUUAAAACCACAGCUCGAAACAACCCUCCCAAACACAGGCAUCUACCACGAAACAUGGAAAAGUCCAUCCCUCAUGAACACAACAGGCCCGAAACUCGUACGUCGACUAGAACAAUGGGCAACCGAGCGAGCAAGCCGUCUCGAAAGAAUCGCUAAUCUUGCCGAAACUCGUUCAUCAACGUCUUCAACUUCAACUUCCCCAUCCUUCUCAUCUCACUCUACAUACCCCACAACCCUCGUCAUCCUCCAUGAUGAACUAUCCAUUGCGCUGGGAAAGGUCCGUGUCGUACGUGGUGGUCCCGAGACGUUUAGUUUGCGUGGCCAUCGUGGUCUUACGAGUAUCUGUGAGACACUGCGCAAGAAGGGGUUGUAUCCCGGCUCGUCUGGUGCGAGUAAGAAGAGUGUUCCUGGGCUGUUGGCGGAUCUCUCUAUUUUGCGUGUUGGUCUUGGGAUCGGUCGGCCGUCGUCACAUGAGACGGCUGAUGUUUCGAAGUAUGUGCUCGGGACGGUUACUGAUAACGAGCUUAAGGCUUAUCAUGCUGCGGCGAUGUCUGUUGUGCAAACUAUUCGGGAUGAGCUUGUCAGACCUGCGGGGAAGGUCUGA